AUGGAAUCAUCUAAUAAUAAUGAGCAAUUACAUUUGCCUGCUACAUAUGCUAACAUACUUAAUGAAAGAGAGCCUUAGUAUUCAUAAGUUGAUGAUUUAAAAAUAAAUUGGAAUCCGAUUGAUAACUAUCGAGUUGUUCAGAAAAUUGGAAGAGGCAAGUACUCAGAGGUUUUUGAGGGUGUUAAUGUUUAAAACAGAGAACGAGUUUGCAUCAAGGUUUUAAAGCCAGUCAGAACUGUCAAGAUAUAUAGAGAAAUCAAAAUACUGCAAAAUCUCUAUGGCGGCAAAAACAUCGUUAAGUUGUAUGAUUUGGUGAGAGAUGAGUCUAGCAGGACUCCUUGCUUAAUUUUUGAGUAUAUCAAUAAUAUAGGCUAUCGAAAGCUUUUCAAUAAAUUUGAAGAUUAGGAUGUGCAAAUUUACAUGUAUAAGCUACUAGAGGCACUAGACUAUUGUCAUUCAAAUGGAAUCAUUCAUAGAGAUAUAAAACCCUAGAACAUUAUGUUUGAUUAUGAGACAAAGUAGCUUCGUGUAAUUGACUGGGGCUUAGCAGAGUUUUACGUUCCUAACUAAAAAUAUAACGUGAGAGUAGCAUCUAGAUAUUACAAAGGCCCCGAGCUAUUAGUUGAUGAUACCAGAUAUCAUUACUCCUUAGAUAUUUGGAGUACAGGCUGCACAUUCGCUGAGAUUAUAUUCUAAAAGGAUCCUUUCUUUUUCGGAGAUGACAAUUAAGACUAACUUAUAAAAAUAGCCAAGGUGAUGGGCACAGAUAGCCUAUUGGAUUACAUGAAAAAAUAUAACGUUAGUGUAAGUCAGUAUUUUUAUCAAAAGCUAGAUAGAUACUCCCCUAAAUCUCUCAAGUCAUUUGUAAAUUCUGAAAAUAAACAUUUGGCUACUGAUAAUGCUAUUGAUUUAUUAGAGAAAAUGCUUGUUUAUGAUAAGAAUAAUAGAAUAACGCCUAAAUAAGCUUUGUAACAUAAAUAUUUCAAUCCAAUUAGAGCUAGAUUAAGUGAAUGGGAAGAUGAGUGA